AUGCUGCAUUGCAGGAAGGGUGAUUUUGUGUGGGUGGACUCUGGUACUGAGGUGCCGAUUGGGGCGGAGGUCAAGGUGUCAGACACAGGACAGCUUGAACUGAUCGACGAUGAAGGAAAGGAGCACAAGAUCAACAAGAAGACGGAGGGAAGCAUUCGACCCAUGCACCCCUCCUCUGUGAAGGGUGUGGAUGACAUGAUAAGGCUCGGUGAUCUCAAUGAGGCGGGGCUCCUCAGGAACCUUCUGGUGCGACACAAGGAAGGCCUGGUCUAUACAUAUACAGGCUCCAUUCUGGUUGCUGUCAACCCCUACCAGCUGCUGCCCAUCUACACCACAGAGCAUGUGCACAUGUACACAGAUCGCCGGCUGGGUGAACUGCCGCCGCACGUCUUCGCCAUCGCAGACAACUGUUUUUUCAACAUGCACCGCCACAGAAAGAACCAGUGCUGUGUCAUCAGUGGAGAGUCAGGAGCAGGGAAAACUGAGAACACCAAGUUGAUGCUGCAGUACCUGGCUGCAGUGAGUGGCCAGCACACCUGGAUUGAGCAGCAGAUUCUUGAAGCAAACCCCAUCUUAGAAGCUUUUGGUAAUGCCAAAACCGUCCGCAAUGAUAACUCCAGUCGUUUUGGGAAGUACAUUGACAUCAACUUCACCAAGGGUGGGGCCAUUGAGGGCGCCUGCAUUGAGCAGUACCUGCUGGAGAAGUCCAGAGUCUGUCGUCAGGCACCCGAGGAAAGAAACUACCAUAUCUUUUACUACAUGCUGAUGGGCAUGUCAACUGAGCAUAAGAAGAUUCUUUCCCUUGGGAACGCUGCUGAGUACAACUACCUGACCAUGGGAAAGUGCACCAGCUGUGAGGGUCGUGAUGAUGUGAAGGAAUACGCCCACUUCCGUUCAGCUCUGAAGAUCCUGAUGUUCACAGAGAACGACUCCUGGGUGAUCUACAAACUUCUGGCUGCCAUCCUUCACAUGGGCAAUGUGGACUUCAAGGCCACCAUAGUAAAUAACCUGGAGGCCUGUGAAAUUGUCACAUCAUCCCAUUUUAACAUGGCCAGCCAACUUUUGGAGGUGGAUCCCAAAGCGCUGGAGAGCUGUCUGACCCAGCUCUCCCUCAUGACCACCAGGGAGAGUGUGACUAAACAUCUGACCUCUGCCCAGGCUGUGGAAGGCAGGGACGCCUUUGUCAAAGCUCUUUAUGGAAGACUCUUCAUUUGGGUCGUGGAAAAAAUCAACGCUGCCGUAUUCAAGCCGCCUGAGGAAGACUCUGAUGAGGACAGACAGACAAUAGGCUUGCUGGACAUCUUCGGCUUUGAGAACUUCAACAAAAACAGCUUUGAGCAGUUGUGCAUCAACUUUGCCAACGAGCAGCUGCAGCAGUUUUUCGUCAAGCACAUUUUCAAGCUGGAGCAGGAAGAGUACACCCGAGAAAACAUUGUCUGGAAGCACAUUGACUACAGAGACAACCAGUGCACCUUGGACAUACUGGCCAACAAACCCAUGAACAUGCUGGCUCUUAUUGAUGAAGAAAGCAACUUCCCCAAGGGCACAGAUGCCACCAUGCUCCAAAAAAUGAACCAGUUCCACGGGAAAGGGGAAAUCUAUAUUCCCCCCAAGAACAACUAUGAGACACAGUUUGGGAUCAAGCAUUUUGCUGGAGCAGUCUACUACGAUUCAGAAGGUUUUCUUGAGAAAAACCGUGACGCCCUCAGCUUAGACCUGAUUCAACUGGUGGAAACUUCCACCAACAAACUCCUCAAACAGUUGUUUCAGAACGAGCUGUCCUCUGGCACGACCAAGAGCGGCGUCAACCCCAAGAUGAUCAUCACCACACCCAAGAACAGCCUCCGCCAAGCAGCUGACAGCAAGAAACGAGUGCCAACGCUCUCCGCCCAGUUCCGUCAGUCUUUGGAUUCCCUGAUGAAAACGUUGACUGCAUGCCAGCCCUACUUCAUACGCUGCAUUAAACCCAAUGAGUUCAAGCAGCCCAUGCUGUUCGACAGAGAGCUGUGCAUCCGUCAGCUCCGUUACUCGGGCAUGAUGGAGACCAUCAAGAUCCGGAAAGCUGGCUACCCUGUACGCUACAGCUUCGACGAGUUUGUGGAUCGAUACCGUGUCCUUCUGAAAAUGUCAGUCUGUGAUCCCAAAACAGACAGCAAAGAGAAAUGCUGUGAAAGCAUCUGUGGAACUGUGCUCACUGGGAACGGUGACUGGAAGACUGGGAAGACAAAAAUAUUCCUGAAGGACAUCCAUGACACAAUGCUUGAGGUGGAGCGAAUGAAAAAACUCAACGAAAAAGCUCUUUUGAUCCAAAAGGUCCUGAGAGGCUUCAAAUACAGGAGAGAGUUCCUGAGGAAAAGGGCAAGCGCUCUUGUCAUUCAAAAAUACUGGAGAGGACACCAAGGGAGAAAAUUGUACAGAGUGGUCCAGCUUGGCUUUGCAAGGCUGCAGGCGCAGGUUCGUUCGCGCCAACUCCACUUACAGUACAAGAGGAAGCGAGAGGCAGCCAUCGUGCUGCAGGCCCGAACCAGGGGAUACCUGGCCAGGAAGGAACGGAAGCGUAAGACAGAAGCUGUGAUCCUCCUGCAGGCUUACACCAGAGGUGCGCUGGCAAGAAAAGCUCUGAGGAAGAUGAAAAGAGACAUGUACCUCUCUGCUAAAGAGAAGGAAGAAGAGCGGCAGAUGAUUUUGCAGAGACAGAGACACUUGGAAGAAGUUCUGAGGCAGAAGAAAGUGAUGGAGGAAAAGGCUCACUCGGAUUCCAUCACAGAUCAGGAGAUGGUAGACGACAUCUUUGGAUUCAUCUCCGCUCAUAUCGGAGGACAAGAGGGACAAGCACCUGUAGGAUUUGAGAACUUUGAGGGGAAAAGGAUGCUCAGCGAGGAGAUAGAUAUUGACGACCUCCCCAUGGAGGAGGAUCCUCCCACUGAAGACUACAAUGACCUGAAUGAGUACACCUUCUCCAAGUUUGCCUCUAUGUACUUCCAGGGUGCAGCCACCCACACCCACAUCCGCCAGAGGCUUCGGCAGCCCCUGCUCUACCAUGAGGAUGAAGGAGACGUUCUGGCUUCAUUGACAGUGUGGUGGAUCAUUAUGAGGUUCAUGGGAGACCUACCUGAGCCCAAAAAGAUCCAGGGAGCCUCCACACAGGAACGUCUUCUGCCGCAGGACCUGAUAUCCAGGAAGAACAGACGUCUCAGCCACAUGGUGGGCCUGGACCAGAGGGUGCUAAGAAAUAAAAAAGAAGUUAACCCUUCCACAGUCCCAGAGGAGCCAACACAAAACAGAAAGAGCUCUAUUUUCGUCGACCUUCUGACAAGAAACCGGAAAGCUUCUGCUCUGCCCAAUGAGACUGCUCCAAACCCAAAGGUUUACACUGUACCAGAGAGAAGCCCACAUGCAAGGAAGGGGUCCACUUUCACCGACCUACUCUCAAGAAACAGAAAACCAUCCACCGUUCCAGAAAGUGGAAUCCAAAAAUCCACUGCAAAUCUCCGGAAACCCUCGAUGAUCAUGGAAGAGUCAGAAGAUCUGACCGAAGUGGCCAAGCCUCCCACACUGCAGACGGUGAGGGAGGACAGUGAUGACAAUGUCGGAGAAGGACCCACCCUGGACCGGCCGCUGACCUCACUAGAAAAACUCCACAUUAUUGUGGGAUAUGCUAUUGUCAGACGUGAUCUCAGGGAUGAGAUUUACUGUCAGAUCUGCAAGCAGCUUCAGGAUAACAACAAUCGCAACAGCUACUUCCGUGGUUGGAUCCUUUUGUCCCUCUGUCUGGGCAUUUUCCCUCCAAGUGAGCGUUUUAUAAGGUACUUGCAAAGUUUCAUCUGUUCCGCUCCCGAAGGCUACGCUUCCUACUGUGCUGAAAGGCUGCGUCGCACGGUAAUGAAUGGAGUGCGAGGGGAGCCCCCGGCCUGGCUGGAGCUGCAGGCCACCAAGACAAAGAGGCCCAUGGUCGUGUCUGUGAAUCUGCUGGAUGGACGUUCAAUCAAUGUGCCUGUUGACUCAGCAUCUACCUCCAGAGAGAUCUGCCAAGUCCUCUCCAACAAAGUCAAACUCAAAGACACCUUUGGCUUUUCUCUCUACGUGGCUCUGUAUGAAAAGGUGUGGGCUCUGGGUGGCGGCCGAGACCAUGUGAUGGAUGCAAUCUCCCAGUGUGAGCAGGAAGUGAAGCGGAGAGGAGGACAGGAGCAGCACGCACCCUGGCGACUCUUCUUCCGCAAGGAGAUCUUCAGCCCCUGGCACAACAGUGAAGAGGACAAGAUCAGCACAGAGCUCAUCUAUAAGCAGAUCAUCCAUGGUCUGAAGUUUGGAGAGUACCAGAGUGAAAAGGAAGAUGAUGUUGUUCAGCUUGCUGCAAAACAUUUGUACAUCCAACACGGCUCGGAGAGCUCUCCAGAAAAUGUGAAACAAGCUGUACAGGACAGCAUCAACACCUCUCUGCUGGAGGCCAAGUCAGAGGCCAAGUGGGUGCAGAUGGUCAGCGACGCUCAUGCUGAGGCUCCGUAUCUGAGUUCAAAACAAAAGAAAGAGUCGGUGAAGGCAGAGAUGGUCGGCUACGCUCAGAAGAAGUGGCCCAUGUUCUUCUCCAGGUUCUUUGAAGUUGUCAAACUGUCAGGUCCUGCCCUGCCAAAGAGCAAGUUCAUCGUGGCCAUAAACUGGACUGGUAUCACGUUCCUGGAUGAGAGAGAGAGGAGGCUGCUGGAGCUCUCCUUCCCUGAAGUGACUGGAGUCAAUUCUACAAGGGAGGGUAAAACAUCUGGCCAGUCCAUGUGUCUGCUGACACUGAAAGGAGACUUCACUCUGAGCGGAUCUGCAGCUGAGGACAUGACCGAGCUGGUAACCAUGUUCCUCAGCGGCCUGACAGAGCGAUCUCAGUACGCUGUGGCCCUGAAGGACGUCGACAGGCAAGAUGACCCCACAUUCCUCAGCUUUAAGAAAGGAGACCUCAUUCUGAUAAUCAAAGAUGAUGAGUAUUCUCAGCAGCGCGGCUGGAUAAAGGGUCAAAUUGAGAAGACAAAAAAAACAGGAGCCGUCCCCACUGAGGCUAUCUUAAUCCUACCAACGCUCAGCAAACCCACCAAUGAGGUCAUGAGACUCCUCAGUCUGUCCCCUAACCAGAGGAAGGACAUCAUACAGACAAAGAGUAAAGAAACAGGAACAUUGGAGAGAGUGGCUCCUGCUACACUGAAGGAAUUCUCCAUCCAGCACUUCAGGCAGCCCACUAAGGAUGUUAACCGCCAGGUGAUCUCCAGAAAUGCUGCUCCUGAGAGGCUGUGGGCAAACUCCAGAGAGCCAAUCAGACAGCCCCUCCUCAUGAAGCUGGUGGGCAACCCGGAGCUGAGCCACAAAGCCUCUCUGGCUUUCACUGCGAUCCUGAAAUAUAUGGGAGAUUACCCGACCAAGCAGAUGGUCAGUCCUCUCGAGCUCACCGACCAGAUCUUUGGCCCAGCCACUCAAAGUGAGAUGCUCAGGGACGAGAUCUACUGCCAGAUUAUGAAGCAGAUGACCAGCAAUAACAACCGGUCCAGUAUGGAGCAGGGCUGGCAGCUGCUGUGGCUCUGCUGUGGCCUGUUUCCUUGCAGCCAGUCUCUUCUGAAGCACACUCAGCGCUUUCUGGAGUCGCGCCGCAGAGAGCCAAUGGCCUCUGACUGUCUUCAGCGACUGCAGAGCUCACUGAGGAUGGAGCCCAGGAAGCUUCCACCACACCAGGUGGAGGUAGACGCUAUCCAACAGAACAGGACCCAGAUCGGCCACAAAAUCCACUUCCCCAAUGACACAGAAGAGGUAUUUGAGGUUUCAACCAACACCAGGAUCAAGGAUCUAAUUCAGAACAUAACGAACAAGCUCAAUCUGGCCUCAUCAGACGGAUUCAGUAUAUUUGUCAAAACACAUGACAAGGUCCUCAGUGUGAAUGAUGCAGACUACUUCUUUGAUAGUUUGAGACAAAUCACCGACUGGUCCAAAAAAGUCAAGAGGAUCCAGGACGGUGGGCCAGUCAACGUAUCCUACAUUGUGUUUUUCAUGAGGAAGUUGUGGUUCAAUGUGAUCCCUGGCAGAGACGUGGAGGGAGAUCUUAUCUUCCAUUUCCCUCAGGAGCUACCCAAAUACCUGAGAGGCUAUCAUGUCUGCACUAAAGAUGAAAUGAUCAACAUUGCAGCCUUGCUCUUCAGGAUAAAGGUCAACAAUGACAAGAGCCAGAUUGUCAUGAUUCCCAAGGUGCUGAAGGAGCUUGUGCCUGCUGACCAACUGAAGGCCAUGUCUGAAAAUGAGUGGAAGAGGAGUAUUGUUGUUCACUAUAACAAACACGCUGGUAUGACUGUUGAAGAGGCCAGGGUGGCAUUUCUCAAAGCAGUUUGCCGCUGGCCGACGUUCGGCUCUGCAUUUUUUGAAGUCAAGCAAACAUCAGAGCCAAACUUCCCAGAUAUUGUGCGAAUUGCCAUCAGCAAACAAGGACUUACAAUCAUCCACCCUAAAACCAAGGAUGUUUUGGCAAAUCACCCAUUCAACUGCAUAGCUAACUGGUGCAGUGGAAGCACCUACUUCCACAUGACUAUUGGCAGUUUGGUCAAGGGAAGCAAAUUCCUGUGUGAAACGUCUCUGGGUUACAAGAUGGAUGAUCUUAUAACCUCCUACGUCAACUUGUACCUCAGAGAGAGGAGGGCAGGGCAAACCAGGAACCAGCGCUUCAACAUUUGA